AUGGAGAAUGCUUUGAAACUAUUAGACACCGUUGGAUUGAAUCCAUUAAAAAACGAUAAAACAUCAAAAUUCAAAUAUUUUAUUUGUUUCAGUUGCAUUAUCUGGAUUAUUAUUUCGGCCGUAUUAGAGAUUGUUUCAAAUAUCGGUGUUUUUGAGAUUCUUUUGAGAGAUAAAAAUGCAUCACAAGCAAUCAUUCCUCCACUUCAGACGUUGCUUAAAAUGUCUUCUUUCUUAUUCCUCAAAAAAGAAAUAGUUGACUUGCUUGAAAAAACCAAGUGUUUUUGGAAACUGGAUCAAUGUGACGAUGAAACAACUAAGCAAAAGUUAACUCAAAUCCACAAAUAUGUCACAAUAUUUUUCUACGUUUACACCGUUUUGAUGACUGUAGUUUGUCUACAAUUGGGAAGUUUAACACUCAUAGUCAAACCAGGGAAACCAAUAUUUUUGUGUUAUGGUGGAUCAGAUGGACUCGAAUCGCCUCAGUAUGAAAUAUAUGCUAUUGUGGACAUUUUUGGAACUUUGCUCAUUGGAAUAAUUGUAUCGGCUUAUGAUGGCAUGUGUUUUUACUUUACUUUGUAUAUUUACACAGAAUUUAAAUUACUCAAAAUUGCUUUUAAAAGAAAAAACGGCCAAACGGUUUUUUCAUACGAUCAACAGUUUAUUCAAGCUGCGAAACAUCACGAUUUUCUCUUAAACUUUAUCAAUCAACUCAAUGACGUUAUUUCACCGAUAUGCCUGUAUCAAUUUUUUUCAAGUCUUCUAGGAAUUUGUCUUUGCUUAUUUUUACUUACAGCAGAAGGAAUGCCACCGAAACCUGAUACGUUUUUAACAUAUUUCAUCGGACUUAUGGGAUUUGUCGCUCAGACAUAUGCUUUUUGUCAUAUUGGAAAUUUGAUUUCUGAAUUGUCAAUGGAUAUUUCAAAUGACAUUUUUUACGUCGAUUGGCUUGACGAUGAAGUUUAUAGAAAUAAAACCGCAAGACUUAUUAUUAUGAAUCGGGCACAAAAACCGGCGAAAUUGACCAUUGGAAAGUUUGCUGACAUGAAUCUAAGAACUUUUAUUCUGAUUUUAAGAAAUGCUUAUUCAUUUCUUGCAUUCAUGAACAACAUGUUAGAUUAA